GAAAAUGGCGGACGCAUGAAACGUUUUCAAGAUAGGACAUUUUCACAAUAGUUUUUUUCGGAAUGGCUCGCAAAUUUCUCUAUAUUUUGUUGAGUUUUUUGUGUCUUGUUAUUAAUUCUUCUUAUGGGAAAUAUGUUGAAGGCGAAAUAAAUACGUUAGAGGACUGGGAGUUUAUCACAAGAUUUUGCUUUCUGUCGGCCAAGGGCACCCUGAGAUUUACUUUUGAGUAUCCCAUUACAUAUGGUCCACAACAUAUAUUGCUGUACUAUGAUACACCGGAUCAGUGGGAUGCAGUUUAUAAGUCAGACAAGAAUUGUACCGAAAGAAAGGCGGUCAUGAACCCGAGUAAUAAUCAGAUAAUUACUCUAGAUACAACGUCAGGAUGUAAAGUGCAAACCAUUGAUGGCAUACAGAAGUAUAAUUGCACAGACGAACGAAGGUUCAUAGCGGCAAGAGAACGUUGGUGGUAUAUCGCUGUGGCACAUUGUAGACCACUUACUCCUGUAGGUAUAAGUCUGAAGUACAAGAUCCACAUGACCAAUGGUGCCGAGGAUGACUAUCUACACAGAGAAUAUUCAGCAGAUGAAUUCUAUAUCCUGCCAAUAGACAUUGCAUUUUUGAUUGCCUAUGUAAUACUGAGUAUUCUUUCCAUCAUUUGUGCUGUGCUUUUAAGAAAUCGUCAGCUAUGGCAUACGACAUACAAAAUGUACAUGGUGUCAGUAUUUCUGUGGACAUUUUAUCUGUUCCUCAUGUCAGUCGGUUAUGGUAUCUAUGGAAAUGACGGUCUAGAAUGGAAGCUUAGAUCAACUAAAUAUGCAGCGAGAGCAUUUGAGUCUGUCAGCAUUAUGAUCUUUUUGCUGAUGUUGAUUUUGAUUGGAAAGGGAUAUACGAUCACCCGCGGAAAGCUGAGCAUGGCGUCCACUGUAAAAAUCUCCGUCUUUAUGACUUUAUAUACAAUAGUGUAUAUUGUCAUCUUUGUCUGGGAGGCUAUCAUAUUUGACCCAGGUCUUGUACUCUACCUGUACGAGAGUCCACCAGGAUACGCCCUCAUCGCUAUGCGUAUUAUUGGCUUCAUUUGGUUCUGUUACGCUAUAUUCUUUACUUUGAAACACUACCCAGAGAAAGGAACCUUCUACUAUCCAUUGUUUGUGUUUUAUACUCUAUGGUUUUGGGCUGGCCCCAUUGUUAUAGUUGUUGCCAUGACUUCCAUUGCUCUGUGGACCAGAGAGAAAACUGUUACAGGCGUUGAAAAUUUUGUUGCUUUUUGUGGUCAUGUUUUCUUUUUGAUUUUAACCCGUCCAUCAGCAGCCAACAAAAACUUCCCGUACCAUGUCCGAACCACGCAGAUUGGUAUCUUACAGAACGUGCCACAUCAGCUGGGUACAGGUGCUCCAGAUACAGACGGUGGUUCUUUUGGUGGUGGUGGUGGUGCCUAUGCUGUCAGUAACCCGAUGCAGGGAUCCAGUAGUGGACCAGACCUUACUGGCCUCUUUGUCACAUCUCAAACCAAGUCGGACAAGCAGAGAGAGGCAGAGACGUCUUUGAAUAACGGUGCCAUGAGCAACGGAACUCGUGACCCGCCCCCGGAUUACACUUCGUUUCCAAUUGCUACAGCACCGCCACCGUCCUACGAGGAUAUGUUCCGAGCCAGACCAAGUAUAUCAGAAUAAAGGUCCGUCAACAACAUUAUAUGCAGAGAGACUUUUAUCACUGGUGUUUUACAAAAUAUGUAGAAUUCUUCACUCUAAAACUGUACAGUAUAUUUAUAAGUAAUUUAUGAAUAUCGUUGCCACGGAAACUGACACUUCUACCAAGUCUUUGUGAUAGUUGCUAAGAAAAAGUAUAUUGUUUAUUUUUAAUAGUAUAUAUAUUUUUGAUGUAGUUUAAAGGAAUAUUAACAUAUAGUGACAGAUGAUACGUAAGUGUUAAUUAUAACUGUCUUCACUUUUUCAAAAUAGAAAAUUUACAGUAAUUUGACAUCCAAAAAAUACAGGGUUUAUUCCAUUGUGUAGCAGCCAUUUGCGGCCAUGUCAUUUUGAAAAAUAAUUGCAAAUUUUUGCCUCAUCAGUUACUGAAAUUUCCACUGAGUUUUAUUAGUUAGCAAAGAAGCAAUAUAUAUAUAUAUAUAUAUAUAUUAUAUUUUUUUUUAUUUUUUUUAUUUUUUCCUGGUUCAAAGUUUUACACAUGGCUUCUAUGAAAAUUACUUAAUUAAAAUGAUUCAAGGUAACUUCAGGUGAUUUCAACUACUGCCCCUUGAAAGCUGUAAAAUGCUUAUCAUGCAAAAUAAAGAAAAAAUGCUUACUAAUGGAUUCAGUGGAUCCCACAGUUACCAUUUUCUUUGACCUGACAAAUGAAGCACUUGAAAGGAUUGUUCCAAUAAAUCUACAUUUCAGAGCAAGGUAUGGUAAAAGCUGUCUGGAAGAUUUUUAUUUUUUUGUAUAUUUAUUGUCAUAAAAUAACUAUACCUGUUAUUUGAACUGUCUGAACCAGUUCUUAACCCUUAGCCUGCUGGCGGCAAGUGAUUCUGCCUUUGCGACCAGUGCAGACCAAGAUCAGCCUGCACAUCCGUGCAGUCUGAUCAUGGUCUACACUGUUCGCCAUUCAGUCAGUAUCUUUUUGGUAAACACCCCUUUUUACUGUUAAUGGUAUUGUCCAAUUUGAAAGAUGGACCAGUCCAUUUUAGAAAUUUAGCAGGCUAAGGGUUGAAUGUCAGGAAACUGUUACAGCCAGUGCUUACUGUUAGUUAGUACUAAUGUACUUGUAAAUAGUAAAAAUAAGAAGAAAAAAGAAAACAUUACUACUUGGUCACAAUUAAGUAUGACAUAUUUUGAAGAUGUUUUUGAAAUUAUACCUUAAAGGUAUUUGAAUAAAACUGUGUUUCCUCACUUUGCUGAGUGGUAUACAAAUGACUAAAUGGAAAUCCUAAAUAUAUAUGAAAUAAUAUUUUCAUCAGUUAUGAAGAAAGAAAAGGAAUGAUGAAAACCUCAAUACAGAGGCCUUAAAGGAAUUGAAUCUCUUGUUAAAAAGUAUUUUUUGAUUUGAGAUAUUGUUACAACAGGAUUGUAACUAUUAUUGUAACAAAUAGUUUUACAUGUUUUGAAAAUUAUAGCGGUAGUUUUUUUUAACUAUAUAUCAAAUUUCAGUAACUGAUUUUUGUGGUACAUGUAUUUUUAUGAGAUGUAUUGACCUCACAUUCUCCGUACUUUUGGAUGAUAAGUUAGUGAUAUGAAAUGAUAUAAAUACUUUCCAUAGUCAUCAGUUAUUCAAUAUUUGAAGAAGUGCCAAAACUUACAUCAGACAUUAUUUUUAUUGUUACAAAAAGAAGGUAGAAUGUGUUGAAUUGUUUUCUAUCACUGCGAUAACGUUGUAUCUUGCUUUUUUGCUAUGCUGCUUUUACUGUUGGUAUCUCUUAAAAGAAUUAUUGUAUAUAUAAAUUAUGUUUAUUGCUGUUUAUUUCCUGCAGGAAUUUCAUGUUUACAUCGUAUGUUAAAAUUUUAUGACUUUAUCCAAUUUUAUAACAUUUUAUUUUUUAACUUAUACCCCGCUGAAUUUGUAAAGUGGACUGGUCCAUCAUUCAGUUUGGGCAGUAACACUUAUUAUUCAAAGGGGUGUUCACUGAAAAUUUACUGACUGAAUAGCCAACAGUGCAGACCAUGAUCUGCCUGCACGAAUGUGCAGGCUGAUCUUGGUCCGCACAGGUUGCAAAGGCAAAAUUACAUGCCACUAGUUGGGUAAAGUUUAAAUAUAUUUUCUUUUGAAAUAUGUUAAGAUGUUUUAUCAUUUGCCAGAAACGAAGUUCAGCUUAAUCAAGUUUAUAUUUUUCAUUAGUGAAAUCGAUUGAUGGAUUUUUUUUUAACAAGUUCUUUAAAAUAUGAUGUGGGAAAUUUUAUCCACCUAUGUAACAAAUUUUUUAUUUCUCAUAAUUUCUACAUUAUGUUUCUAUUUUAUAUAUAUAUAUAUAUAUAUGUUAUUAUACCGUCCAUUUUGAAAUAAUAUUACUCCAUUCUACCGUCCUUCGUGUGAAGAAAUUCCAUCCAUGCAUCUGUAGUUUAUUGUAUUGUAUUCUAAAUAUUAUUUUGUUUAUAGAUCAUUUUACACAAAAAAUAAUUUUUACAGAUAUACAUAUGUUUAUCAUUGUUUGUUGAAGCAUAAUAGUAAUUUAAGGUUUUACAUGGAUAUACUGGUAUAUUUGAAGUAAUAGACCUAUGAUUAUAUUUGUUUCAUCUAAGAAAUUUUGCUCCCCACCACCCCCCCUCCCACAAAAAAAAAAAAAAUCUUGAUUUUAAAUAAAAACAGAUCCGACAAUAUGUGAAGUUGUGAAAAAUGCUUGACAUAAAUUUAUAGUUCAAAUUAAAUAUCUGGCCGCAUGUUCUCAAUAUUAUUUUGGUGUUAGCUGAGUUUGAGAUUGAAAUAUUUGAUAGCAAAUUUUACUAGAACUUCAAGAUUGAAUUCCAGUUGUGACUGACCAUCAAUACUGAAGAGUCAUUAGAAAAUGGUCAUAAACUUAACAUUUAAUUUUAAACAUGUAAUUUAGAUAUAAAUGACAAAAUAUAGUUUCAUUUUCAAACUCAGCUGAGAUUGAAAAUGUUUUUGUACAGGAGGCUCAACCAUCAAGACUUGUUGUCUAUUAGAUAAAUUCUAUUGUAAAAAAUUAAAAAGAAAAAAAGGAUAUACUUGAUUCUAUAUAUAGUGAUUCUGGAUUAUAUAUCCUGGUAAUACCCAGCAAAAAAAAAAAACAUGAAAAAAAAAAAGAAAAAAGAAAGUGAUCAACUUUAUAAUUGCUAGGCAAUGUCACCAGUUUGAUGCCAGUUAAGGUAGGCAGUGUCACCAGUUUCAAGCCAGUUAGGGUAGGCAAUGUGACCAGUUUGAUGCCAGUUUGCAUUUGGCAAUUUCACCAGUUUGAUGCCAGUUAGGGUAGGCAGUGUUGCCAGUUUCAAGACAGUUAGGGUAGGCAAUGUGACCAGUUUGAUGCCAGUUUGCAUUUGGCAAUUUCACCAGUUUGAUGCCAGUUAGGUUCAUAACUCCAGCAAAUGAAGUUUUUUACUAUGAUGUUAUAUUUAUGUAUGUUACUUCUCUAUGCAAAGUAAGUGCUUCUUAAUACUGAUAAUUAACCAAAAGUAUAAGAGAAUAAAAGUUUUAUGACUGGGAAUAUUUUAAAAUAUGCAGUAGAAAUAUAAGAUUUUUUGUUGUAUUUCAUCCUUGAAGUUAUUUGAAUGCUUGUUUCUACUACAACAGAAGAAUAAAUUCCUUCUUUAUGUAUAGCAAUGUUUUCUGAGCCUUAUUAAAGAGAAGUAAAUAAUAUUACAUUUGUGUGUACAUUACAUUUACAUGAUUUGGUUAUAUAUAUAUAUAUAUGUAUUUUUACAUUGAAAAUGGUGACGACACUUUAUUUGGAAUGUGUAAAAUGAUUUCCGAGUGAGACUUGAGGGAAGUAAACAUUUUAUAACAACAUUCCAUCGUAUGAAGAGGUUUUAGAGUAUAAUUUUUGCUUUGAACAAAGUGUCGUUUGUGCUUUCUGAAUUUUCCGUGAAACGAUAAGGAAGUACAUGUUUUAUAUAUAUGACAACAUUCCGUCCAGGAAAAAAGUGUGUUUUGUUUUACCUUGAAAACAGAUUCUCAGUACAUUCUAAAUAUUCAAAUGUUUACAAGAUGUCCACGCACUUUAAAAUUAUACAGUUUCAUAGGCACAAAAUUUUGGCCAAAAUGGCUGUUUUGUUGCGAUAUAAAUUUUUCCAUUCAUGGAACUUUUGAUGAUGAAAUGAAUGGAAAGUUCAGUUUUUUGUUGGGUUGACACAACCACGAAAAUUCCAGGAAAAUUAAAGUCACAGAUUUCCGUCCAGACAGUUUUGUUUUUGCUUUGCCACAGAAGUAUGUGUAAGUUUGAAAGGAGUUAAAGCUAGUUCUCACCAGUAUAAAUUUUGUUUGUUUAUUUUUAGGCUUAUGAUUUAUUUUCGCUUUCCUAUCAUUCACAAGAUUGUCUUUUAUAGUACAAAUUUAAUUUUAUUCAUAGGAAAAUCAUCCGCAUACAGCCUAACCUGCAUUAGAGGUGGUCUGUAUAUAGGGUGACCCUGCUUAGAAUGGUCAUUUUUAGGUUUGGCCAUUGGAUUUCCUAAUAAAUUGAACCUUUAUACAGUGUGACCCUGUCUAUCAUGGUAAGGGGCCAGAUGAAAAUUCAUUAAGUUAACCUGUAACGGUCACUUAAAACCUUACGUGGUAAAGUCAUAGCAUAUUAUUUCCUAUUGUACUGAUGUAAAUAAAUUCUCAGAUGAUAAAGCAAGUAAUAGUUUUAAUUUGUUUGUUUGCUUGAGACAGGCUUAAUUUGCUCAAAAUAGAAAACAUUCCAGUUUUUUUCCCCACUGCAGACAACAAGUUAGAACUCUUAAAAGAUUUUAAAAGUAACAUUUAAAAAAAGAAGUUUUAAGCAUUAUUAAAAGGAUAACAAGUUAAUAUCAGCAUUUAUGUGACAGUAGAAAAAGAAAGAAUAUCUUAUAAAGGGCAAUAACUCUUUGUACGUUUAUAUAGAGUGAAUGUUUUUAACUUUGUUAUCAGUUUUAAAGCAACUUGCCCGCAGUUUGGCUGAAAUUUUUCAACAUGUUCAUUUCCACCAAGUUAGGCAUAGAAUGUAUAUAUACGAUGACACUUUAAAAAUGAUGAAAAGUUAGAUAUUGAUAAAAAUGCAAGAAGAAUGUAAAUUUUCUGCAUUAUUUUAAAACUACCUUCUGCACAAUAUUUUUGGUUAUUUAUAAGAAUAUCUUGCAAAAAAUCUUGUGUCAAUAAAUUUGUACAGUUACUUUCAGAGUACUCACUUUUAGAGAUUUUUGAGAGAAAUUAUUUUUCACCUUAAAUGUAUGGGUUAGUCCCUUUAAAGAAGCGUUUAAGUGAAACAUGAUUAAAAACAUUGCACAAUACCAUAAGUAAAUAAAACACCAAAGCGUAGCGCAACUACACAACCAAAGCAGGUUUAGUUUGACUACUUUUUAUUAAAGACCGACAUUCCAGCUUCUACAGAGCCUUUCUUUAGGGUAAAAGUAUAAUGAAGUUUUAAAUGGAUUUGAUGCCCUACAUCAACAAGCUGGAUAUAGUGGUCACCUGUCUAUAGUGGUCACUUUCAGUCAGUCCUUUUGAUGGCCAUUACAAGCAGGUUACACUUGUACUUGAUAUAUGAAAACCUUUCAGUUUUUGAAUGAGAUUUUUAAAAAAGUUUUUCAUAAAAAAUUAGCAUGCUUGUCGCUACAUUUGUAACAUGGAAACAAAGAUUUUAUCUUAAAAGUAUGUUAUCAACAUUUUGAAAGUAUAUUGAUUUUAAGAAAGUUCAAACUCGAGUAUGAAUUGUCAAAGUUUUUGCUGUUAAAUCUGCAGCAAAAGUCACAUGAAUAUUGACUGGUCAGUGUAGCUGUUUGGUGAUUUUUACUGCAACAGAAGCAUUUCUUGAAAAAUGGUAUGAAACCAAAUGCAUUUGUGCAGACAAGUUGUUUAAUUCUCAUUUUGUCACCUCAGUACAAGUUUUGCCCUGAAGUGAAAAAUAUUCCUUAUUAUAUAAAUGGAUUAUUCUAUGGAUUAGUUAGUUUUAAGAUAUGUGUUUACUGUGUUUUGCUAGUUUCACAUCUAUGCACAUUUAUACAAAACCUUGUUUAUACUUCCUUUGAACACAGUUUCCAAAAAGAAAUUAUGUAUUUUAAUGCUAAAUUCAUUUUUUCUUAACCUUUACCCAGCUAAAUUUCCAAAAUGGACUUGUCCAUCAUUCACUUUGGGCGUACUCACUUAUUAUUCAAAGGGGUGUUCACUGAAAAAUUACAGACUGAACAGCGAACAGUGCAGACCAUGAUCAGCCUUGUACGGAGGUGCAGGUUGAUCUGGCUCUGCACUGGUGGCAAAUUCAGAAUCACUUGCUGCCUGCAGGCUAAAGGUUAAUAAUUUUUAAUAAAAGGAAAAAAAAACAUGUCAAAUUGUACAUGAAAUGGGUUAUGAAAAAUCAGAGUUAACAGUGAUGCUGAAUUUCUUGUUGAAAAUUUAGAAUAUUUAAAAGGGGCAUGUAUCCAGAUUUUUUAAAAAACUUUUUCUAAAUGGAGAGAGUAUUUUCAUUCAUUAGUAAUUGUAAUUGAAAAGGUAAAUUCAAGGUAACUAAGUGCAUUUAAGACAGAUUUUUAAAAGAAAAUUUAACAAGUGCCCAUGUUGUCUGAACUUUGAUAUACAUGUAAUUGUAAGCCUCUUUUAAGUUUGAUUUUUUUUAAUUCGUCCGUGUGAUACAGAAUAUGUAUUCAUACUAUCAGACUAAGUUGAAAGCUAAUAAUUGAGCCGUGCCAUGUGAAAACCAACAUAGUGUGUUUGCGACCAGCAUGGAUCCAGACCAGCCUGCGCAUCCGCUCAGUCUGGUCAGGAUCCAUACUGCUGGCUUUCAAAGCCUGUUGCAAUUAGAGAAACCAUUAGCAAACAGCAAGGAUCCUGAGCUGGCUGGUCUGGAUCCAUGCUGGUCGCAAAGGCACUAUGUUGGUUUUCUCAUGGCAAGGCUCAUAUAUUAUUUGGAUGUUUGUAUUGUCACGUUGUUAUCAUAUUUUUGUUACAUGUAUGAAAUAAAGCACUGCUGAUCUAGAA